GCACAACCUGGCGGUUUAAAAUACUUUCGAGUGGUUGCAGUAGGCUAAGUAUACUUGAUUGCGAAUAAUCACGCGUCAGCUGCCACCUCGCCAUGCCAUCGUUGACCGACGCCGAGAGAGCCGCUUUCGAGGCCAUCGAGCUUGGCGAUUACGUCGGCGUCGCCCGGUUCUUGGCUACAAGCAACGUCCAUGUUGCCGACCCCGACAAGAAGUCGAGCCAGUAUACGUAUACGCUCGUGCAUGCGGCGCUCCACGCAGUCGCUGCCGGCUGUCGCGCGAUUGAGGCGAGAACAGAACUCAGCCAAGCCACAUUGGCACUCGAGAUCCGCGCGCUGCACGAUCAGCAGCGCGGGAUCUUGGAGCUCCUUUUGCGCUUUGGCUUUGACGUCACCCAAGCGUGCAAUCAGGACCUUCUGUCGCUGCCAACCGUCGCGAUGCGGCUCGUGGGACCGCCGUACACGGUCGCAUUUCUGCAAGUUCUCUUGAAUCCCAACCUGACAAAGAGCGGCAUCACGCCACACAUGUGGGACCUCGUGCCGGCGCAACCGUGCGUCUUUGAGGCCGUCCAGCGCGACAACGUGGCGGCCCUGGAAUUCUUCAUGGCGCAAGGCGUUGACCCGACGACGACAAACAAGAUGGGCGAAUGUCUCCUGUUCAAAGCCGUGCAGCGGCGCAGCAUGGCCACGGUCGAGCUGCUCUUGCACCAAAGCCGCAUCAACGUCAACCAGACCACCACCAUGGGCGACGAGUCGCCGCUAUUGGCCGCUGUGCGACUGCGCGCCCUCGACAUCGUCGAACUUUUGCUUGGAAAUGGCGCCGACAAGGAGCUACCUGACAGAAACAAGAACACGCCGCUCAUGAUUGCACUCCGGCGUGACUACACCGACAUUGCGAUGGCGCUCGAGACUCGCAGCAUCUUGGACGUGCACUACGAUGACAAAGUGGUCGUCUUCCACGAUUACUGUAUCGGGAGUGGCUCGCGUAGCAUCGUGUUCCGGGGCUCGUUCAAUGGUCGCUACGUGGCUGUCAAGGAAUCCCGCCGCGUUUACGACGUUUCGAUGUGGAUCGAACUGCAAUUAUAUUUGACGAGACUCCGGUCCGAGCACAUUGUCAAGUUGCUGCACAUCGACUUCAACCAGAAAGAGCGGCGGGUCGCGUUGGUCCUGGAGCUCAUGGCCAUGAACUUGUGUGAGCUCUUGGGGCAAGAAGCCAAGCUGUCGCUUGCGCAAAAGGUCCGCAUCGCCCUCGAUGUCGUUCAAGGGGUCGCCAGCCUGCACGAAAAGAAAAUUUUGCAUUGCAAUCUCAAGUCGAGAAACGUCCUUAUUGACGACAAUGGCCGCGCCAAGGUCGGAGGUUUUGCUUGCAGUACAAGCCAGCAGAGCGCGAGUGACGCCGACGAGUAUCAGGGCACACUGUGGUACAUGGCGCCCGAGCUCCUGACGUACCCACCUGCUGCCCCUUCCGAGGCGUCGGACGUCUAUGCAUUUGGCAUCCUCCUCACAGAGCUCGAUGCCAACACGGGCGAGGUCCCGUACGGAAACGUUGGUUACGAAAGCCCCUUUGCGCUUCCGAAUCAAGUCCGAUCCGGUCUGCGUCCCGCCCUCCAAGACGAUUGCCCUCCAUGGUUCCGCGAGCUGGCGGUCCAGUGCAUGGCGGAGGUUCCGAGCGACCGCCCCAAUGUGUCGACGAUCAUUGACACUUUAAAGAAGAAAUUAUGCGAUAUAUAA